AUGCCGUAUUCUCCUGCUAUUCUAGCAGACAUUGAUCCAUCUUGCUCUGCUGGCUCCGCCAUAUGGAUGUCCCAGACUUGGCUGCUUUAUUUUGGUAUCCGAGAGCCACACAUCCCAGGCAGGGUGUUGCACCAGUUCGGCUUCUUGCAGCGGGUGCCUGACAACACUUUCAUCAUGGAGAAAAAAGAAAUAGAAAAGUUGCAUAAGGAGACGCGUGGUAAGAAAUGUCGAGAUGACGUCUUACAGAGGUGGGAGAAUCGACACAACACCCUUGCAGGUCUUCAGACGGAUAUGACUCUUGAACCCCAGGCAGCACCGGAAUAUCUAGUGUGGUAUCAAAAUCACACUGUCACUUUGGUCACCAAUCCAUCAGACUAUCGUCAGCCCCAGGGUUUUCAGGGAUCUGCUGAGUCACUACAUAUAAUGGCCAAUUUAGUGCAAAACAUGUGGCAUAUUACUGUAGAUGGGCUACAACGUAAUCCAGCUGAUUCUUGGAAUCACAAUGCCUUCCUACAGCUGCACGAUUUGACACAGCAGGCAAUGACUGUCAGCAAGACAUCUGUUUGGGCUGAUAGUGAGAACCCAAGCCAAGAUUUUGUUCCAGCUGACCCAACCCAGGAGUAUAUCCCACCUAGGCCUCCCAGAUCGACCGAGGCGGCUUCCGGUUAG